UGUGAACUUUGAACCUGUACCGUACACAUUCUCUGUUCUGUUUUCUGUAAUGAUUCAAACAUUAUUCUUUGUAUAAACUCAGGGCAUUUAUAGUUUUAAUCUUUGAACCACUUUCUAAUUCUGCAUCAGAAAUAGAGACAUUCUUUAUCAUGAAUUAUAUAAAACCCUGUGGAUUGUUAUUCAUGUUCUGAUUGCAGCCUUAUUGCUAAGAUUGUAAGAAAUGGACAAGGAUGAAACUUAGCUAGAUACAUCUCCGUCUACACCUCCAGCUACCCCAAGAGAGGAAAUGGAUAUUUUCAUCGCCGUCAUCUUAGUCGUGUUCUGUUUUUCUGCCGGUGUUGUUCUAACUUUAGUUAUUGAGUGGUACCUUUUCAACCUCUACAUUAUGAAACGUCCUUAUGUUGGGCCUAAAGAUAAGCCGUCAUAUCAGCCGAUCAAACUACCCGAGGCCUUGCGUGACAGCAUAGAAUCAACGCUGGGCAAGAAGGAAGAAGUUGGUUCUUUGAAUUACUUGUUCCAAUUCCUAUUCCAAGAGUGCAGAAAUACGGAAAGAGUUCGACAAUGGUUCUGGCAAAAGUUGACGCUCGAAUUGGAAGAGUUACUCACAAGAACUACUACUGGAAAGAUGUUUGAAAGUAUUGCGCUCCGAGAUUUGGACCUAGGCAAUGAAUUUCCGGCUAUAAAAUCGGUUGAAAUGAAAGAGAUCAAUUUAGAUCCCUCAUCUGGAUUGAUCAACGAUUUGGAAUUGUGUAUGGAGCUGGAUUAUAAGGGAGGAUUUCAGCUUUCAAUUGAUGCAGCUAUGCGACUCUCCAAAACAGCUCAUGUCGCUGUCAAAGUGAAUCAGCUGACUGGUUUGGGUCGAUUAAAGUUCACAAGACAUCCCUACACACACUGGUCAUUCAGUUUCUACUCGGAUCCCACUCUUCUCUUGUCUGUGGAGUCGCUAUUUCAGGGACGAUCGUUGCCACAGAUCAACUCAAUUAUUGCUAGUCAGAUAAGAAAAUCCCUGAAGAGGAAACACACGUUGCCAAAUCAUAAAGUGCGCUACAAACCGUUCUUCCCGAAAAUAGACCCCACGUUCAUAGACGAAGUGUCGGGAACGGUACCAUCAGGUGUUCUCGACGUCACUAUUCUGGAAAUCUCGAGGAUAACCGAGACAACUGGGCCUGUGUUUUGUAGUCUUGCCAUUGAUGCUCUAGCUUGGGUGGAAAUGGUACACUCGGAAUUGGGAAGUUAUCUGACGAUGGAUAUAUCUGUCCCAAAACCGAUAAGUGGUCAAUUCGGCGUUAGUUUUAAACAAGAAUUCGUUCCUGACAAAUAUCAGGUGUGUAUAAUAGUAGAUUCAGUUUCCAGUGUAGUGGGGAACGACGCUUGCGUAGGUGAUAUUCUAGUGGCUGUGGACGGCAAACGAGUCAACAAUCUGUCGCAAGUUUCGAAAUUUGUGAGGCAGAGUGUCGAUAAAGUGUCCUUGAGGGUGGAGAGGAGGCUCAAGGUCAAUGCACCAACUGAAGAGAAGGUACAGGAGCCCUUUGGUCUGAGGCAAAGGCGUGGAUCAGGUGAUAAGGGAGAUAAGGGUGAUAAGACUGAUAGUGACAGCAGUAAUUCAACUUCUGUUUCAGAUUCACCAGCUAGAAGAUCCCUUCGCGGAAGUCCUGAGCAUAAACUGAAAAUUGGCCGAUUAUCUGUGAGCUUUGACAGCGAAGCUGAUUCCAGCUCUAAGCUUCAGGUUCUCACUACCAAAGAGCAGCCUCAUUCACAAGUGAUAUCCUUCAAUGAGACUCUACGAUUCCAUGUCAAUUCAGAGCACAAAUACUUGAACAUGAGUGUUUGGAGCAAGGGAGAGAGGAAUACACUUCUCGGUCAUAUCAGCUUGCCUCUCAUUUCACAGAUCUGUGUUCCAACUCCCGGCCACCGUAUAAAGCUCUACUCUCUUCUGCCUCCUGACCCUCAUUUAGUCAACACUAUGAACCAUCCACUGUCGUCACACCCGGGCUUCGAGCCAUGCCUGUGUUUUGGCGACAUUCUGCUGGCGAUCUCGUUUGCAGCCAGCGGUGGUGUAGGUGGGGGAGUGUCCACAGUGGUGACGUCAUCAGCGGCAGGAUCACAGCAGCUGUCCGUUCCUUCAGUGACCACAAGUCCGGCCCUGGCGCAUGUGCAGUCGUCGUCGCUAGCAGCUCCCAUCAUACAGCACGACUUUGUGCGCACACACUUCACGCGCACCACCCAGUGCGGGUUCUGUUUCAAAAAGAUAUGGUUGAAAGACGCAUUCCAGUGUGACGGCUGCAAAAUGACGUGCCACAAGAAAUGUGUGAGCAAAUGUCAGACUUCCUCGUCGUGUGCGAGAACUCAGGCUGAACGAAGGGCGUCGUCACAUCCAGAAAUCAUUACAACUAGUCCCGACGAUCCCGAUCCUGCCAACCAGAUCGAGGAUUGUUGUAACGAGAAAAAUGGUAGCCAAUCUGUGGCCGGAGCGACACCGACAGGCCGCCGGCUCAGCUCACUGCUAGCGACAGUCGCCACCAAAGGCCUGAAGCGGGCCGGCUCUGCCACCAACCUAGCCCCACCAGGCGGCCAUCCGAGCGGUGUGCCAGGCGGGUCUGUCAGUCUGCCACCGUCGCCGCAGCAUUCGCCCUCGCCCAGCCGAAAGACGUCGCUAGCGGACGGAGCGGCGCUGUUCGCAGUCGCGGACGACGGCAGCGGUCGCGACGAGAUCGGCGCCGCCCUGGAGGCGCUGCUGUCACGUCCCCAUCACGACGACGAGCUCAGUCUUGACGAGGCCAAGGCGUCGGGACGCCAGCUGUUCGCCGACCUACCGCCCGACGCCAGGAAGCAGCGCAUUGAUGCAGUGAUGACAAAACUGAAAGUGGCGAUCGACGCUGAAAGCCAUGUGCACAAGAAGCUGGCCCAAGAGGAGCAGGGAGGCUGUGACUCGUCAGCCAAGGCUCGCAACGCGUUCCUGGUCGGCAAAAGCGAGGAGAAACUGCAGGCCAUGACAGUGCUGAUGCUGCACUUGUGCGCCGGUCUGCAGGACGCUCAGGACUGUGUCCCCCCACAACAAACUGACAAACCAUAAGGCAACGUUUUUCUUCAGGGAAAAAGGAAAAACCUGGAUAAGCUCCAGAUAGCACAAAACGUUUUUUCAACGUUGAAAUUUGGUUGUUAUGGUUGAAGACCGUUAGAGGUUGAAUUCUUCAACUUCAUAAUUUCAAACCCUUUUCAAUGUUUUUUCAACUGGGAUUUCAACCUUUAUGUUAACCUUAAGGUGCGUACAGAUAAACGCGCCGCGAACAUGAGCAAUUCACUUUUAAUCAGCUGAUUAUAUCUGUAUUUUUACAGAAACGGUAAGAUACAGAUAUAAAAAGCUUGGCAUCAGCUGAUUAAAAGUGAAUUGCUCAUGUUCGCGGCGCGUAAAUCUGUACUCACCUUUAUAUUAUAAUUUAAACUUCUCCAAUCGUUACACGAUCCUUUAUGACAUCAUCCUCGUUCUCAAAGUGAUUUAACUUAUUUUCAACCACUUUCAACGUUGAUAAUUACGUUGAUUCGUCUGACAUUUUAACGUGUUUUUGAACGUUAUUUCAAAGUCUGUGUGCUACAUGGGAGGCUUGGAUAAUGGGUAGGAUGCUAAUAAUGGAAGAUGAGAUUUUUUCCAAGUUCCUGGUGAACUGUACCCAGUCAUGGUUCUGUAUAGUGAGAUUUUCUUGAACUGUCAGCAUUGGUUGAAUAAGAAGCAUUGAUGAUAUUUGUAAGGAAAGCUGACAGUUUCAAGUGCAUCUUAAUGAGAUUUACUUUCAACUGUCAGCAUAACUUGAAUAAUUGGCAUUGAUGAUAUUAAAUAUCAUAUAAUAUCAAGACAUUUUAUAAGUAAUGUUAACAGUUGACAGUGAAUCUCACGAUAGAGCCGUCUGGCAAAUAGGCCUACACAAUGACCUUCUGCAUUGAUAUAGGCUACAAUACUUUUUGAGCAUUAUUUCAUGCCAGGUGGUGGAACACUGCCAGUACUUUGUAGAACAGAAAACAAUUAUAUUCU